AUGUGGACGGGCAUCUUUCCUACCUUUGUCUGCUAUUUCAUUCUUGCAGGACUGGUCCUAGUCCAGAACACCCGACUCGUACGACUCGCUCUUGGCCCAAUCGCGUGUGGUCUGACGUACCAUGCAGCCACGUCUUAUGAUCUGGCCAAGGUCAAGGGCCCGGGUUUCGAGUAUUGGAACUUCGGUUUGGUGGUCAUCAUGAUUGCUUUGGCAAUGCGGAUGUUCGAGUGGUCGCUUCAACGAGAACCUCUUCGCAAGACUUCCGGCCAAGCCAACCACAUCGUGCUCGAUGCUCUUGACCUCGCCUUCAACACGCGCGGCCUCGGAUGGACAUGGUCGCGCGGACUUCAUGUGCCUCGCCCUAUUAAGGCUUCCACUCCGCGAUUUCUGCUUCGAACAGUCCUACACGCCGCAUGCUACUUCAUCACCUUCGACACGUUACACUACUUCGUCCAAUCUUUCGGCACCGCCACCUUCGGCUCUCCAGCUGGAGGUACCAUCUUCGACGCAUCGCUCCCGCCCCUGCGCCGGUACUUGCGCUCGACCUUUCUCACCGUUACAAGCGGCACUGUCAUCUACGCAGCCCUCGUUCUGGCGUACGAUUUGAUCAUCCUCAUAUCAUUUUCCAUUUGCUCGGUCUCAGGCAUUAUCGGACUGAGUGGCUACCAAGACCCCGAAGAUUGGCCCCCAUUAUUCCACAAGCCCUACCUCGCGACUUCCCUCGCUGAUUUCUGGGGCAAACGCUGGCACCAAGCCUUUCGUCGUUCAUUCAUCGUCAUCGGCGCAGAGCCCUUACGCUCUCUCGCCCUCGCCGUCACGGGUAGCCGGAAUGUCGCCCGCGCCGCCGGAGUACUUGGGGCGUUCCUCAUUUCGGGUGUAUUGCACGACUGGGGAAUGUGGGGUAUGGGCCGUGGGACAGAUCCUUGGCGUGUCAUCGGAUUCUUCGUCCUCUCUGGCGUGGGCAUGAUAUUGGAGAAUGCCUGGGAGAGGCACAUCUUGGACGACGGGAAAUGGGGGAAGAAACGGCGGCUGAGGGUUGAUGGUCUCGGCGGUUGGAUAUGGACGAUUGGCUGGACGAUUCUCUGGGGACACAUGCUGGUUGAGGCGUGGCUGGUGCGGGGAUUACCGGGAAGCGUCUUGAUACCCGAGGAACACAGGCCUGGCAGGAUGAUUGUGGAGUACUUCAGGAGCAACCUAGCCAAUUUGCAUCUACGGUGA